CUCUCUUUCUUCCCUCUCUCUCUCUCUUUGAUGCUACCAAAAUGUUCUUUGUUUUUCUUCAAACAUUUCUGGGCCGUUGAUCUUCAACAGAGAGCUUAAUUGGUUCUCUUUUUUAUGUUCUUCUUCUCACUUCACUUGAUUCCCAGUCCGGAAUUGCAUCUAAUUCUUUUUUGUUUUUACAUCUCUUGUCUUUUAUAUUCUUAAACCCUUUAAUGGAAAUUGUUAGGACAAAGUGAAAACAUCGACCUAGUACUUCUGUUUUUUGUAGCUGUUCGGGUUACUUGAGCUUCGAGUUCAAUUUGCUCAUCCAUGGCGAAUCUUUGGUGGGCUAAUCAAGUGAAUCUACAAGCUAUGGACCCUGCAGGCAAUUCAGCUGCCUUGAACAAACGUGACCUAGAGAUUUCAAUCAACGACGUGGGCAAAAACAUGAGCAACGCCGACGAUGACGACGACGAUAGGGACACCGGAGACGAACCCAAAGAGGGGGCUGUCGAGAUCGGUAACCGAAGACCUAGAGGCCGACCUCCGGGCUCCAAGAACAAGCCUAAACCACCCAUAUUUGUCACUAGGGAUAGCCCUAACGCGCUCCGUAGUCACGUCAUGGAAGUUGCGAGUGGUAUUGAUGUAGCCAAAAGCAUAGCUCAAUUCGCCCGGAGACGACAACGCGGCGUCUGCGUUCUUAGCGGCAGUGGUUCGGUCGCGAACGUUACGAUUAGACAACCGGCAGCACCCGGAGCCGUGGUUGCCCUCCAAGGGAGGUUCGAAAUCUUGUCUUUGGCCGGAGCUUUCUUGCCUGGACCGGCACCACCGGGCUCGACAGGGCUUACCGUAUACCUAGCCGGUGGUCAAGGACAAGUAGUAGGCGGAAGUGUCGUCGGUUCACUGGUGGCAGCAGGGCCUGUUAUGGUCAUUGCAGCGACAUUUGCCAACGCAACUUACGAAAGAUUGCCCGUAGAAGACGAAGCUGCCAGCGGUGUUGGCCAUGGAGAUCAGAUCCACAAUGGAGCAACCGGUUCUCCGCCGCCGACAAUCAGAAGCGGAAACGACCCGCAGGCAGGUCUACUUGAUCCAUCUUCACUUCCAAUAUACAAGUUGCCUCCUAAUUUAGUCUCCAAUGGAGGUCAACUAGGGCAUGAGGCCUAUGCUUGGGCACAUGCGCGACCACCUUACUAAUGAUUCCAGACCAUAGCUUCAUAUAUGUAAGAGAUCACCUAAUGUCAUAGAUCUUUCAAAAAUGUUUGUGUUUUCGUAUUUAAAGAUUUGUGACACAAAACAAAAAACCUAGGUGAUCUCAUUGUAUAUUAAUUAAACCAUCUCCCUUUGCUUUGCUUUAUGUUUCUAAUAAUGAAAGAUAAU